CACCACCUCUUCUUCUUCCUCCUCCUGCCACUUGGAAUUCUCGGUUGCUUAGGACUACUAUAUACUGCGCCCGCGGGCGCAGCCCGAGCUGAAGAAGCUUUAAUUUAGCUGAGCUCAAUCAAGAAAGCUUUCGCUAGCUCAUCGAUUCCAUUUCUGUUGCCUUGGCUUGGAGAUCAUGGCGGGAGUUCAGGUGAUGCCGGCGGUGGGCGCCGUGGACGUCGGGCUAGGGAGGAGGCGGGUUGCCGCUGCGUCUGGGUCAGGGGCGGGAAUUUUCGUCGGGGACAGCAGGAGGAGGUCUCGCCGGCCGGCGGCCUGCUCAGUCAGGCUCAGGCAGGGCCGGGGCAGGAGGGGCGGCCUCGCCAUCGUCUGCAACCUCGGGGGCACGUACGAGGACGACUUUAGCGAUGUCGACAAGCAACUGAUGAAUUACUUCACCUACAAAGCCGUCAGGACCGUGAUGACCCAGCUCUACGAGAUGAACCCGCCCAGCUACCGCUGGUUCUACAACUUUGUUGCAGUGAACAAGCCUACUGAGGGCAAGUUCUUCCUGCGCGCUCUUGUAAAGGAGAGGCAGGAGCUUGCGGAGCGAGUGAUGAUAACAAGGCUUCACCUGUACGGGAAAUGGAUCAAGAAAUGCGACCACGCGAAGAUGUACGAGAAGAUCUCGGACGAGAACCUGGAGCUGAUGCGGGAGCGGCUCAUGGAGACCGUCAUCUGGCCCACCGACGACACCAGCUCCGAGAAGAUCGGCUGAUCUCAUUCAUCCGUGCGGUUAUGCUAAAACAUAAUUAGCUCAUCAUCAAGCCUCGUAGUUAGGUAGAGAGAGCAUUGUGCACCAACAUGUCAGAUAUGUGUAUAUAUGUACGAUCUAGCGCAGAGCAGAGGAUUGUUCGGUCUUUCGGUGAAGAUACUACCAAAGUGUGUAUAAUGUGCUUGUUCA